CCACGUCUCCGUGUCGCUCCGCAGCAUAUUAUCCUAAAGACGUAAACCGAAGCCACCCCAGUCAAGAUGAUGUGGGAUUUCAGUGGAAGUGCAGCUAACGGGCAGAGCUCCCUUCCCUACCCAGUCCAUCAACAGAGGUCGCGCGGGUUGUCCCCAGCGCCCCCGUUCCCUUCUGCCCCAAGUGGCUACGGCUUCCCUUCAUCCGCGCCUGCACCGGCGCCUUUCAUGCCAAUUGGUUCUGCUGUGUCUGACACCGCCGCAAGCUAUGCCGGAACCUUCGGUUCUGUAACGCGUUCCAACGACCCGGGGCCCUGGGUUGUCCCAAAUGGUCCCGCUCCAGUGCCGCGCGAGCCAGUGAGCAUGCCGCGCGGGCCUGGGUAUGGCUCAUCCGGCUAUACAGUUCACACCCACUAUAGCAGCCAUCGGCACCACUCGCAUUCGCAUAGUCAUAGCCACAGCCAACCUGCCAGACCCGCCGUCGUUGUGCAUCACAGUAGUAGUCCCGCAGCCGUCGUGGUGCAUCAGAGCUCCAAGCCUCAGAAGACGUCUAGCAAACCGCAUCGACCACAUGCAGAUCCUGUCCAGCAUCUGCUGCCGAUGUCGUCCUCGGGGCCAGGGAGAGAGCACACCUUCCAAUACUCGAAGUGUACGGGGAAGAGGAAGGCGCUCUGUAUUGGCAUCAACUACGCGGGCCUACCUAACGAGCUACAUGGCUGUGUGAAUGACGCGCGGAACGUGGAGCGUUUCCUUCUUCGUCAUGGUUACAAGCCUGACGACAUCGUCAUGCUGACGGACGAUGCCACGGACCCUCGCCGGCGUCCGACAAAGUUGAACAUACUCGAUGCAAUGCAUUGGCUCGUCACGGGCGCGCAUCCUCACGAUUCUCUCUUCUUCCACUACUCAGGACAUGGUGGUCAAGUGAAGGACAAAGACGGUGAUGAAGUCGACGGCUACGAUGAAAUCAUCUUCCCUCUAGACUUCAAGAAAGCAGGAUACAUUUCCGAUGAUUUGAUGCAUACCAUUAUGGUGAAGAAACUGCCGCCUGGAUGCCGAUUGACGGCGCUUUUUGACUCAUGCCACUCCGGAUCUGUGCUUGAUCUUCCUUACUUGUACUCGUCCGACGGGCGCGUGAAGGGAAGUCAAGUGACCAAGAGGUGGUUCGACGCAAAGUCCACUCCGGCUGACGUCAUCACAUGGAGCGGAUGCAAGGACUCGCAAACCAGCGCGGACACUUGGGAGGCAGGUGUCGCUACGGGUGCCAUGAGCUAUGCGUUCAUGGCUUCGUUGAAGCAAAACCCGAGCCAGACAUACCAGGAGCUGUUGCGCUCUGUCCGGACUAUCCUGAAGAAGAAUUACAGCCAGAAGCCUCAGCUAUCCAGCUCCCAUCGCAUUGACACGACCUUGAAGUUUAUCUUCUGAAGCAACUAUUAUAUUGACGAAUCUUCGUUCGUCGGCUUCUGAACUGCGAUUAUUGAUGUCCUCUAUGUAUCUUGUAACGACAUCUCAGAUUUUGUUGUGUGUAGCCUUGUCCUCCGUUACCAUAUGUCGAACUUGUUGAAUACUAUGUUAAGCCGCCUAAUUACGCGACCCCAAUCGAUGUAGCUU